AUGAGAGCCUAUCUAAGAGGACAAGGGUUGUGGCAGUAUGUGGAAGAAGAAAAACAGCCACCGCAGCUUGGUCCAAACCCCACCCUGAAUCAAAUGAGGAUGUAUGAGGAAGAGAUGUCAAAAGCUCCAAGAGCCCUCUCUCAAAAACACUCUGCUGUAACAGACCUUAUAUUUACAAGGAUAAUGGCGUGUGAAACUGCAAAGGAAGCUUGGGAUAGACUAAGGGAGGAGUUCAUGGGAAGUGAUACAACUCGAAAUAUGCAAGUUAUGAACUUGCGGAGAGAGUUGUUGGGAGUUGAGAUGAGUGACAAGAUGAUAGUUGAGAAAGUGUUAGUCAGCCUACCCGAAAGGUUUGAGUCCAAGAUAUCUUCCUUAGAAGAUUCAAAGGACCUCUCCCAAAUCAGCCUCAUCGAAUUGGUCCAUGCCCUGCAGGCUCAAGAACAGAGAAGGCUGAUGAGACAAGAGGACUCCAAUGAAGGUGCAAUGAUGGCUGCUCAAAAGGGAUUGAAUGUGCAGGGAAGCAAUAGGAAGCAUGCUAGAGAUAAGAGAGGAAAAGAGAGAACUAGUGGACAGUGGGGAAAACCGAGUGGAGUAAGGAAUUAUCCACCAUGUUCCCACUGCAAAAAGAAGGGACAUCCAGAUAGUAAGUGCUGGUUCAGACCUGGGAUCCAAUGCAAGGGGUGCAAACAGUUUGGGCACAUUGAAAAAGUGUGCAAGAACAAAGGUGCACAACCAUUACAGCAAGCACAAAGUGCAGAGGACCAGCAGCAGGGCAGUGAACCUAAAUAG